CACCGCGGCGCCGUUGGGAAUACAGAUUCCCAGGCCCGGAUUCAGAGCCGAACCUGGCCGGGUCAUUGUAAAUAAGGUUCCACGUGAUUCUCAGGCUCGGGCAAGCUCGGGCCACAGACCCGUCUUCGGGAAGAACCCCACUGGGGAGGAAGUAAACACCUGGGGGGUGUGGGUUGGCCUUCUCGCUGCUCCCUGUAAGACACAGUUCACCUGGUGCGAGGAGGGGCUCCCCCUCCCCUCGGGCCUCACCGAAGCCCCAGCCAGUCUGAGCACGAACCCCAAUUAGCGCACUCGCCCCCGCCCGCGUCCCCGCGGGACCGCGCCUCGCUCACCUGCUGGGCGGCGCCCGCGCGCGCGUCGGCCCUGAGCCUCCUCCUGUGUGGCCUUAGACGCGGGGUGGCGCUGUGCGGCCCAACGGAUUCCUGGACUCCGCCACCCGAAGCCAAAACUUUCAGAAUCUGUGUAUUUAAUCGGGUUCUCCAGGACACUGCCGUUGGGGGCUCCCUGGCCUCGUUUACAUUUUAACUUCGCCUGUACAGCCGAGGUUGGGAAUCACGAGGAGAGGUCGUGCCUCGCAGCCGGGGCUGCCUCUCCGGACGACUUGGGGAGCUUUCAAGACGACAACCCCAGCGCCCGGGCUUCCGUCCGGGCCAAUUAAGCCCGAAUGUGAAAGCGCGGCCCGUGUAACAGCAGCCGCCCAGGCUCCGCCCGGGAGCUCGGGGGGGCCCCCCCACCCCAGACCCACUGAGUCAGAAUCUGCAUUUUAACGAGAUCCCCAGUGAUUCCCGCGCACAUUAAAGUUGGAGGCGAGCUGUGCUUCUGAAAUUUUAAUGGGCACACGAAUCACCUGGGGAUCUUGUUAAAAUGCAGACAUGGUUUCUCAAACUUGAACGCGCGCAAGAAUCACCUGGGGAGCUUGUUAAAAUGCAGAUUCUGAAGCGGCGAGGCUGGGGUGGCGCCCGAGCUUCUGCAUUCCCGACGAGCUCCGGGUUGGUGCGGGUUGGUGCGGGCGGCGAGGCCCGGGACCACGUUGCCCCAGGACCCCGAGGCCUUGGCUCUGGGCCAAUCAGCCGUCAGGACUCGUGAUAAAUCGCCCUGCUCCGCUUCGGAGCAGAAUUGCCAAGACAUGCGCGCUCAGGCCGAGGGGGUGUAAUUUCCGAACUCCGGGAAUUGGCUGCAUCGAGUAGGCCACUCGCAGGGACUUGCCGGGAGCCAGGAUCGUUACGCCAUGUCGCGGCGCAAGCAGACGAGGCCCCAGCACCUCCACUGCGAGGAGACGCAGCCUGCGCUCCAGGAACCGGCGGAGGCGGCCCGCGAGGUGGCCGGGGGGCCAGCCUCGGAAGCAGAUCAUGGUGCUCCAAAACCAACGUGCCCCUCCACGGACAACAGUGAUGUCCAGAAAGCCCCAGUCGCGGCCCCUCCCUCCGAGUCCAAGGAGCAGACAGCCACCCUGGGAGAGAGGACGUUCAACUGUUGCUACCCAGGUUGCCACUUCAAAACUGUGCAUGGCAUGAAAGAUUUGGACCGCCACCUACGAAUCCACACAGGAGACAAGCCCCACAAGUGCGAGUUCUGCGACAAGUGCUUCAGCCGCAAGGACAACCUGACCAUGCACAUGCGCUGCCACACCAGCGUGAAGCCCCACAAGUGCCACCUGUGCGACUACGCCGCCGUGGACAGCAGCAGCCUCAAGAAGCACCUGCGCAUCCACUCGGACGAGCGGCCGUACCAGUGCCAGCUGUGCCCCUACGCCAGCCGCAACUCCAGCCAGCUCACCGUGCACCUGCGCUCCCACACAGGGGACACCCCCUUCCAGUGCUGGCUCUGUAGCGCCAAGUUCAAAAUCAGCUCGGACUUGAAAAGGCACAUGAUCGUGCACUCGGGGGAGAAGCCUUUCAAGUGCGAGUUCUGCGACGUCCGCUGCACCAUGAAGGCCAACCUCAAGUCCCACGUCCGCAUCAAGCACACCUUCAAGUGCCUGCACUGCGCCUUCCAGGGCCGGGACCGGGCGGACCUCCUGGAGCACAGCCGGCUGCACCAGGCCGACCACCCCGAGAAGUGCCCCGAGUGCAGCUACUCCUGCUCCAGCGCGGCCGCCCUGCGCGUGCACAGCCGGGUCCACUGCAAGGACCGCCCCUUCAAGUGCGACUUCUGCAGCUUCGACACCAAGCGGCCCAGCAGCCUGGCCAAACACAUCGACAAGGUGCACAGGGACGAGGCCAAGACGGAGAACCGGGUGCCGCAGGGCGGCGAAGGGCCCCGGGACAGCGGCGCCCCGCACGUGGCCAAGAUAGUGACGCAGAGGGCCUUCCGCUGUGAGACCUGCGGGGCUGCCUUCGUCAGGGACGACUCCCUGCGGUGCCACAUGAAGCAGCACAGCGACCAUGGCGAGAACAAGAACUCGGACCUGGUCACCUUCCCACCCGAGAGCGGCGUGCCGGGGCAGCUCGGCGCCCUGGUCUCCGUGGGGCAGCUGGACACCGCCCCGGAGCCCAGCCAGUGCCUCUGACUCGUGCAGAGAGGGCGGGGAGCUGUCCGGAACUCCGGCAGAUGCUGCUGCCCGGACCUUCGGGUGAGACCAUCAAGCCGGACUUCAGUCACCAGCUCAGGGCACGGCUGCCCGUGCUGCGCAGGCCGCCAGAGGCCGUGGCCGCAGCCACUGUGGCGUGAGGGCAGGCGCCACAGCAGCGCCACGGAGGCACCGCUCCACGUCGCCAUCCCCCCCCACCCAGCGUCACCUGAGCACAUCGACCGGUUGUUCUGAGUGGGGGCCCACUGAGUACCACUUGCCCCAGAGGGGAUGGCAUCUUCAGGAUGGACUGCUGUGCCAAGCCCGGCCCCCCUCCGGUGCAGGUGUUAAACUGGCCGGGCCACGCGGGCACCAGAACGCCACCCACCUGUACAGCGGGGAAGGCUGGGAUGGGGCCGGGUCCUGGGCAGGGUCUAGUUCUAACCCGGGGGGCAGUUGUGAGAAUGUUCGCCUUACACGUCUUUGUGUGUGGUCCCUUUUGUCGGUUGUCUUGUAACAAAAAGGCAAACUCCUCUGCAGAAGGAUGUAGCAGAACACUCCCGUUUCUCCCCCAGACAGGGUGUGGUGCGCUCCCUCCCUCCCCGCCCACCUCUCUGCUUCUGUGGUUACAACCACAGGCAGGGCUUCUCCCUGUCUCAGCGCUGCGACCAGAAAUGCGGCCUGACCUGUAGGUGGCAGCAAAGAUCCAGCUAACACAAGCUCACCCUGUCACUGUGCCCUGUGAGACUCAAGGUGUGUCGCUUGUAUUAGUAAAGCAGACUAGGGGCCCCACCGGCCCUGGGCUUGGUUCUGGACCGGCGCUGGGUGGGACAGCCUGAGACCAGCGUCUUUUGCCAUGGUAAGCACGUGGUGUUUACUGAACCAGCAAACAAGCGAAAAUCCAAACCUCUUCUUGUAAGUGUGCAUUUGGCUUGACUUGGGAGGCUGUGGCGUGGCAGUGGCUUCAUAAUCGGUCCAGACUUGCUCUGUUGGUUCUACUUCGGCGUCUUUUCAAAUACAGUCUCUGUUUAAUACAAA